AUCAAUCUGUUUACCAGGUCACAUCUUAAGCACGACAACAACAGCGCGUAUGCAAUGUUUGGAGAGCAGUUUGGCUGCAUUUACCAUAGGCUCCUCCAUUAAAAACAGACUUAUUUCGGUCCGUCAUAAACAAUUAAUUGCUAGUUUAGUUAAUUACAUCGAUAAGUGAAAAUGUUCCGACCGGUUCACUUUGUGUUGCUGCUGCUGAGCUCUGUUUUGGUGGACUGCUCAUCUGUUGUUGAAGAGUGCAUAACAUCCAAUGGAGAGGACUACAGGGGAAUGCAACACAAGACAUCCGUUGGAAACUUUUGUUUAAACUGGAAUAAGUUAAACUUAAAGUUUAAAGACUCAAAGACAGGUGUUGGAGAGCACAAUUUCUGUCGCAACCCAGAUGGUUCAGAGAAGCCCUGGUGCUAUGUCUCCGGGUCCAAUGGAGUUGCCAGAAAAGAAGCAUGUGAUAUUAGGGCAUGCCAAGACCAAAAUUCCACAGAAGCCAUGGUUCCAGAAGAGACUGAAGCCACUCCAGUCCCAACCCAGAGGAUGAUGGAGAACUUCGAACCUGCAAACUCCUUCCCCUCACAGGCUGAGGGUGCCGUGGUGCAGCCCGUAAAGAGAGUCCUACAGCCAGUCCGAGAAGGACCUAAAAAGAAGAAAGACCUUGGGACUCUUGGUUAUGUUCUUGCUGUACUCAUGAUGGCCAUCAUCAUCCUCCUCGGAGGCGGCAUCACAAUGGGAUACUUCUACAAACGGGGUCGUGACCUUAAGAAACAGCAUGACCAGCGCGUUUAUGAGCGCGAGAUGCAUCGCAUCACUCUUCCUCUCUCCGCCUUUGCCAAUCCUACCUGUGAGAUUGUUGAUGAAAACACCAUUGUCAUCACAGCUGAACUUAACAACCAGACCCCCACUCAGGAGCCCGCUGAGGGGGCCGACCCUCUUAUGGGGUCUGCGGGGACUCCCGGAGCCUGAGAGAGGAACAGGAUGAGCGCCUGGACAGGCUUAGUUAAGACAUGACUAUGUUGGACUACAGAACCUCAGAGGACCAAACCCCACAUCCACUUGCUUCUGCCUGUCAUCUCUAUUCUCUGUGCCCUGCCUUUACAGCACAGUUUCACGGUAAAAGUAGAGCAUGUGCUGGAAAACUGGAAAGGGUUUGAAAAGGUGGUUUUGUAUAAAUAUGCAUGUCAGGGAUUCUCAUUUUCCUUGCAAUUAAAUUUAGAGUACAUUGCACAUCAUUACAGGGGAUGAAUACUCCCUGCUUGUUAAAUUCCAGUGAGAGGGCAACACUGACAAUGACAAACAUGUAUCCUUUUAUGAAGUGACCAUGGAUUAGAUCAUCUAAAGAUAUAUUGUUUUGAAAGAGGAGACAAUCCAUUCUUGGUUCCUAAUGCAGUUGAAACUGAGAAAAGUGUUAGACACUGAUGCUCCACAGCUGUGCUUUUCACUGAAUAAGGAGCGGUACUAGAGCUAAUUUGAAAGUGCUAUCCAAGAAAUUAAUAUUCAACAAUUAGUCAGAUCAUGUGACCUGGGUUGCUAGAACUGUCUAUGCUAGGUGAAGGUUUUUGACUUCAAAUGAAGAGGAAAGCAAAUACAAAAAACAGCUUUCUGGAGAUGUUGCCUUACUUUUGAAUGUAUUGCUUUUGGUUCAUGAGAAGUGAGUAUUGAAAACUGAAUGAGCGCUAUUGUUUUUAAGGAAGGAAAUAAGGAGACCUCAGCUGACCAAUCAGAAAGGGUCUGACCGGGGGGUGAGCGUGUUUACAUGCACAACAAUAAGCUUCUAACAACCACAAAUCAGUUUAAUCCAAGAUUCUGCAAAAAAACUGCGUUUACAUGACAUUUAAAAUCAUUGGUUUAUCCUGCUUUUGAUGUUAAAACGUUAACGGACAUGUGCACAACAGUUGCGUACAUUGGAUAAGUUGUUUGCAUGUGGAGCGAAAUCAGGGUAAUGGGCCAAAAUCUUCCCGUGUCGAUCGGUUUAUGCAGUAAAUGUAUGUCAUUGAGCCUGUUUACAUGCACACCAAUGCGUUGAUAACUCACAAAAAUCAGCUUAUUAAAUAAAUCUGGCAAAGCAAGAAAAACACAAUUACAUGAGAUUUGAAAUAAUUGAGCUAUUCUCUGCUUUUGUCGUCAAUCCGUGAAGAGAUGUGCGCACAACAAUUAAUAGGUUCAUAAGACGGUAAGAACGCAGGUAAAGGUGUUCACAUGAAAUCUGGGAAAUGGGCAAAAAUCUACCCAUGUCAACUGGUUUAUUCUUAUGACCUUAAACCGAUAAAGGAAAGCCGUUUAAUGGGUUUACAGAACCACACACGUUGUCGUCUUAAGCAUAAUCGGUAUAAGAACAUGCAUGUAAACGCACUCUGUAAAUUAAGACCAUUCUAUAUGGUUAGAAACAAUGUACUUUGAAACAUAAUAAAAUGGUCCAAUUGUUCAGCUGAGAAAUAUUAAUCACCUUAUUCACAGCAGCGCCAUCUUUGAUUUUUGACGGGAAUGACAAACCAGGCUGUGAGGGAUAGACAAACAGUCUCUUCAUUGGGUUUUACAGUUGUUUGAAGUGUUUUUGGUUCGUUCCGCUGAUGAAACAUUGAAAAAUAGCUUAAGAAAGUCCAGUAGACAAAAAAAAAAAAAAAAAAAAAAAAAAAACUCAAGACAACAUGAGUUGCGGAACAUUAGAUGUGAUCUAGGAGCUUUAUACAGCGUCAUUGAAGACUUCUAUCCCUCACUGCUUCGUUAGAUGCCGCUACUGUGAAUAUGGUCUAUAGGGGUUGCGUUUUAUUCCAUUAAAGCAAUAGUUGCAAAUGAGUUUGUCAAGAUUUCUCAAGGACUGCAAGAGAGAGUGCAAGACAAGGUAUUAAAUUACUGUACUAAAGGUGGAGUAAACAAUCCGAUUUAUAUUUUUCCACCUGAUAAAAAAAGGUUUCAUUUUACAUUUUGUAGAGUUGUAUUUUUGAUUUAGUUUAGUCUCUGAUGUAUGCAUUUUUUUCCCUGUGAUACACUGGACUGUACAACUUCUCAUAGUUUCAAAAGAUCUUAAUUGCAUUAUGUUUGGCAGUUGUUGUUUUUUUUUUACUGCUGUGAAAUAUAAUCCGUUUGAAGUA